UAACAUUUGAUUGUAACUAAUCUGUCCCGUCCCCCAUCCAUCCCCUUUCGAACGCUGGUUGCUUAUCUUUAAAACGGUGUUCAUUGGUUGUUUAUCUGACGCGAUGUCAUAUCAACUAACUACUUGAGAGGAGUAACUGUAAUUCCCUGGCACAAUCGUCAACAUUUCUCACGACACAACACUGCAGGUAAGACGGACUGAAAUUACGGGACCAAUCCAAUUGGUUUAGAGUGUAAAAAUGGACGACGAUUUCCAUUCAAUAUAAUAAUUUUGAGUGUGUUUUUUCCCCGUUUGUCCAGCGAUUAAACCUUUAAUCCUAGCAUUGUGUUUACGUUUGGGGUUACGGAUGGGAUUAAUGGUUAAGAUCAAGUUAUGGUUAGUGUUAAGAUUAUGAUUUAAGUUUAGUGUUCUUAAUCUUAAGCAUAACACUAAACGUAACCAUAAUCCCAAAGCUUAUAGCUCUGACUUAGUAAACAUGUUCGUGUUAAUGUUAUGAUUCGGGGUUAGGGUAAAGUUAUGAAUAAGUUUAGGGUUAUGUUUAAGUUUGAGAUUAGGGUUAGGGUUAUUUCUUCAUCGGCGGGUCUUUUUUUUUCAGUAUAGGAAUAAAUGCAAAUGAAAAACAUUUUUAUAAAUCUAUGUCAUGUCAUCCCUAGUAACUUCUCGACAGUAACGUUUUGCCAGUAAGUUUGGGUUCUUUUGGUAAGAUUUUGUUUUAUUGCCACAUUAACCUGGCAUUUUCAGUCUUCCUCUUACUGUCUCGGGGUACUCUGACUGUCCAAAUACAACUGAAUGUCGUAAGUGCAAAUGACGGUCAUUGAUAGCCCUAGGGAACUCUGACUGUCUUAAGUGCCAAUGACAGUCCUAAGUUCAUCUGACUGUCUUAAGUGCCAAUGACAGUCCUAAGUUCAUCUGACUGUCCUAAGUGCCAAUGACAGUCCUAAGUUCAUCUGACUGUCCUAAGUGCCAAUGACAGUCCUAAGUUCAUCUGACUGUCCUAAGUGCCUUUUUUUUUUAAGCGCCGCUGACCGCCCUACCUGCAAUGCAUUACUACGCAGCCCUUGUACUGAUCGUCAUCACCGGACUGACUACUGCCGCUCUCCCUGACCAGGCCAAGAAAAUGUUUUUAUCUAAACACAACAAAGCUAGGGACGUCGCACACGUUCCGCAUCUGGUAUGUAGAUAAGUUGAUCCACUGAACGUAGGUGCUGGAGUAAAUUUUGGGCGACGAAUCCCGAGUGGUAUAGUUAGCUUAUAAUUUAAGUAUUAAAGAGAUAUUGAAAAUAGGACAAAAAUAUACUGUACUUACAAUUAUACCAAUAAAAUCACAACAGCUGCAUUUUAAAAAAAAAAUGAUCUUUUAUGAACUGAAUCUUUGUUAAAUGGCGUCUUCUCCUGGGUCCUAAAUGCUUAAAGUUGUAUUUCUAAUUUUUCCUUUUUUGUUUCCUCACGAGGAGUGUUGGAGUAUACUUUGUUGUUGUGUUAGUGUAGACCUAGGUUAUUACAUCUACCACAUUGGCUUGGUCUUAUUGUUUCAUGUCACAUCACGUCAUCCAAAAAAUAUCUCUGAUUACCGUUCUUCUUCAUCUUCUAUGUCUUAAGGGCCCACGAUCAAUUUAUUGAUCAUUUUGGCUCCUGUGCAUGUAGAGGGGAUUUGCAAUGUUUCUGUGCCUGAUGUUAAUGAAGAUAUUUCACUGGUUGCAAGGGCUACUUUGUGAGGGUGUCAUGCACUGGGGGUUGGAAGGUUGUCACCCUAAGUUUACGGCUUGUCUUGUUCUACUUCGCUCCACUUUUUUCCCCAUCACAAUAUUUCUUUUUAAGUGGGUCAGAAAACGUAGGCUUAAUAUACACUGUUUAGAAUUAGCCGUGUUUUUCCCAGAGUUCCAGUGUCUCAUAAUAACGAGUUGUUGUUUUUUUUUCCUUCUUGUAACAAAAAGAAAAAAUAAUAAUUUCUGCGCGGACUUUUGAAACUAGGAAUGGCGAGCGAAUACAAAAGACACUUAGCAAACACUUUAAAAAAGAAACGUAUAUUUCCUCUAAUAUGAUUACAUGUGUAUUUAAACACUAGGAAACACUGGAACAUUAACCAACCGGAAAAAGGAUUUAUGAACUGUUGGACGUUUGUUAUUUGUUUUUUUCCAGGCGUGGAGCGCAGCCCUCGAGACCUACGCCAGAAAUUGGGGGCAUAAGUGUCUGUGGAAACACAGCAAAGGGCCCUAUGGGGAAAAUAUUUACUCCUCCUCUCGUAAGUCUACUGUGAAACUGAGAUCUAGCGCCGCGUUGGUAAUCAUUGUUUAAUUCUAAUUUCCCCGGGUUACAAUGGGUUUAAAGAAGCUGGCAAGACUUGAGUUUCACUUAAAAUAAAUCAAUGUAUUAAUUAGAAAAAAAAAUUAAAUAUAAAAGAUAAUUGUAUGAUGUUUGAAAGGUAAUUGACAAUUACAGAAUGUUUGAUAAAAAAAUAGACAAUUACAGAACGUUUGAAAGAUAAUAGUGGAUUAAAGAAUGUUUGAAGGAUAAUUAGACAAUUAUAGAAUGUUUAAAAGUUAAUAGACAAUUAUUGAAAAUUGAUAAGAUCAUAAACUAUUAUAGAAAGUUUGAAAGAUAAUUGACAAUUACACACUGUUUGAAAUAUAAUAGACAAUCAUCGAAUUGUUUGAAAAAUAAUUGACAAAUAUUGAACGUUUAUAAGAUAAUAGACAAUUAUAGAAUGUUUGAACGAUAAUCGACAAUUAUACAAUGUUUAAAAGAUAAUAGAAAGUUAUAGAAUGUUUGAAAGGUUUUAUCAUGCUAUAAAAGGAUAUGAAACGUCAUUUUAAAAAAAGUUAUGAAAUGUUUGAAGGUUGUAUAACAAAUAAUCAAAGAAUAGGAUAUGUUAUGCAAGGUUAUAAAAUCCUUCACUUUAGGUAUCCCGUCUUGUACUUUAGACAGUUACUUCACUUCUCAUCGUGUAGCUAUUUAUAGAAGUUAUAGUUAAUCUCAUUGGGGCAAAUAUAUAUAGAUUGUUAUGUAGCACGAUUUCCUGUGCGUGAACUUUCCUCGACCUCGUAGUACACUCCUAGCAGACAGUAACGUCUGUUGUGGGCGUGGCUAAAUCUCUUUGAAGUAGCUUGUUUACAAUCGGCUUCCAAUUACGCAUUGGGUAGAAUGUCACCGGGUAACUUCUCGAAUGUACUCCUUAACCCGAGAUAUGUAAAUAACACGUCAUAGGUCAUUCUGGAAACGUCUUACGCUACAUGUAUAUAAAGGAUUGACAGAUACGAAGAGACGGAGAUUUUCAGAUAGAUAUUUUUACAUUACCAGGCGUGUUUUAUUCUUUGUGUAUUUGUGUGCUCAUAUGUGUUUAUUUCGCAUUAUUUAUUGGCACAUUGUUCUAACGGUGUUAACUGUGUACCGGUACGAGAUCUACCAUACUGUAAGUUGAAGAUUGUAAUUAUAAUUUCUUUUCUUUUGUAAUUAUUUUUAGACUUAAUAAAUCAUAAUCGAUUGUAACUAGAAACUGUUUUGGGUCGUAUCUUUAAUAUUGUUGAUUCUAUGGUAUCGUCCUUUGUUAGGCACUGUUUACAACGAGCCAAUUAAAAUUAAAAUAGGAGAUUAAUUUCUUCCAAUACAAGACAGUGCGUAACAAGAUAUAGAUUUAUUAAAUCAGUAUUAAUUGUGAAUUUAAAAAAAAAAAUUUUAUUAGUUCUUUCUCUUGUCUUCUCCCUAAAGAUAAAACAAAUGAACUCGAAACACUAGCCAGGAGUGCGACCGACAUGUGGCUUGCGGAGAAACCAAGAGGGAUUCACUACGUCAACGUAAGUUUUUUGGGUUAAUGGCUAUUACUUCCCUUGGAACAUUUUUUUUUUCAAGCCCACUUUUUUAAAAAAAAAUAACUUUUAGGCUGGAGAGUAAUUUUAAAUGAAGAGUCGGAAAGAUACAAUAAUCUAUGAAACAUUUGAACCUUGAGGAUAAGGCAAGUUGCGAUUCUUGUGUAGGCAUGAAAAAUACAAAUUGCACUAAUGCACUGGUUCUCAACCUUCCUAAUACCACGACCCUUUAAUACAGUUCCUCGUGUUGUAGCGACCCCCAGCAACAAAAUUAUUAUCUUUGAUGCUUUAUAACUUAAGAGUAUAUGCGUUCUCCGAUGGUCUUAAGCGACCCUUAUGAAUUGGUCGUGCGACCCCCCAAAAGGAUCGUGAUCCACAGGUUGAGAACCGCUGCACUAAUGCAUCAAAGCAGCCCAGGAAACAAAGAGGACAUGGUCUUGGAGUGAACGAUCUUUUUAGUCUUUUUUGUUUUACUUUUGAAAAACGGAAGGCUGAUAAAUGGUAUACAUUGUGUCCCAUGUGACUUAAUUAAUAUCCUGAUGUCAAAACAGGUUACCGGAAAUUUGAUCGACAGAAAUUUCGUUCAAAAAGAAAUUUGAUGCAAAAUUGUAACGUAAAAAUUGAAAAGAAGAUUCGACCAAAUUUCCAUUCGAUCAUAUUACCAUCGACCAAUUUACCGUCGACGAAAUUUCUUUCGAUCAAAUUUCCGGAUGCGGUCAAAACAUUGGCGCGUGAGCCAAGCUGGUCCAAACCAAGAUAACACAUCUAACCUCUUCAUUGCAGGAGUUAUCAAUCUCAGAUUCGGUUUGUAGUUUCCCCACAAUAAAGAAUAUUAACCUCAGAAGUGAUCUUUCACAUAAUCCUAAAAAGCCGAGAUUUUCAAUUUAUUUUUCAUUGAAAUACUUCUUUACUAAAACCCUUGUGUGUUUUAUUGCAAUAUCAUUGCGUAUCAAGUGAUUAUCUUCAAGGUGCCCCAAGCGGUGGCAUAUCAAUAGUUUGUGACGCCUCGGGCAGUCCUUGCUUUAAUUCCCUCGGUUAACGAAAACAAUGAUAAUGCAUAAUACAAAAUAAAAACUAAAAUAAAACAAAAUAGUUCAUAAAUUAUAUAAAAUAGCUGUAUGUAUCAGCUGAUAUCUAUUAGGUAAUAAUUGAUAAUCAUUUUUUUUUAGGGCAAGACAUUAAUAAAAUAACAUUUUAAGGGCUAGAUUUUUGUACGUACGCAUUGGGGGGGGGGUGUACCAAAAAGUACAUGUGAAACAGGGGGUGGGGCGAAAAUAAAAAUCAGGGGCAUGGCGAGGGGGGCAGAUGUCCCCGGGCGCAAGCUAGUUAGGGGCGCCAAGAUGUGCUUUUACAUUAUAUUAUUGGUAAAAAUAAUAGGUUUGAGAGUUGAACAAAGUAAAGGGGGUGCUUUAAAAUGGAUCUUGACCCCGAGCGCGAAUCUUGUCCCCGGGCGCCAAACAUCCUCGCUACGCCUCUGAUAAAAAUAUUUAAAGUGGUAGAUAAUGUUAAAAUGAUAUUUUAAGGGCGUCAUGAUAAUAAGGGUGGUGUACUCGGUCCUUCUAGGCAGAAGCAGUAGCUUUAAAUCCUGACAUUGACUUUUUUUUUCACGCCUAUAUCAGGGCUCCCUACCCAUUAAAAGGUUCUAAAUGUCUCAACCCCACAUUCGGGGAGCGAUUCAGCUCAUCCCACGGGGGUUGUCAGGGUUGGCAGGGGUCAUAAAGGACUCCCCCCCCCCUCAGCAUUGUUUAAAUGCCACCAACAUGAAGCCAUAUGCAACAUGACUAGUAAUACCAUUGCUUCAACAGAAAAAAACGGGGCAACUUAAAAUAAAUAUAACAAUGGCGUGUUGUAGCUUUUUAGAAGUUAGCAGCAACUGCCAAACGGCUGGCUGGCGAUCACGACACGGUGUAGAAACUGUGAGUCACACGACCGCAGUGUAACCUCGGGGGGUGGGGGGCAGCUACGAUUUUAAAUGACUUCUGGUGUCCUAAUACGAUAUUGAUGUCAUUUUCAGAUGGUGAGAAAAGCCUACAAGCACGUGGGCUGUGCCAUAGUCCACUGUUCAAACGCUCAUCUGAACAAUUUCGUCAUAUGUGAUUACAGGUAACGAAGUUCACACCUCUAUAGGGUUGACUGGGUAGACGUUGUUUUCCUGACAAGUUGGUUGAUACGUUCAGCCACAAAGGAGUGUAACUAAAUUGUAUGUUGAUCACAAAUAUUUUGAUUGAGUUAUUAGUGCUGAAUUUAACAUUUCCUUUUAUUUUAUUUAUAAUUUUAUCUACAAAACAAAAUGGUUUAGGUUGGGGUAAGGUAGUGGAUAGUUUGGUAGUAGAUGGUAUAGAAGUAGAUGUUGUUGUAGUAGAUGGUGUAGUAGUGGAUGGUGUAGUAGUAGAUGGUGUAGUAAUGGAUGGUGUGGUAGUAGAUGGUUUAGUAGUAAAUGGUGUAGUGGAUGGUGGGUUAGCGGAUGCAGGGGUAGUGGAUGGUGUAUUUAUAGAUGGUGUAGUAGAACAUGAUAAGUAGUGGACGAUGUUGAAGUGGAAUAUUAUAUACUGGACGGUGGGGUAGAGUAUGAUGGUGAAGUGGAAGAUGAGAUACUGGAUGGUUGGGUACUUGAUGAUGGUGAAGUGGAAGAUGAGAUACUGGAUGGUAGGGUUGUGGAUGAUGGUGAAGUGGAAGAUGAGAUACUGGAUGGUGAAGUGGUGGAUAAUGGUGCAUUGGAAGAUGAGAUACUGGAUGGUAGGGUAGUGGAUGAUGGUGAAGUGGAAGAUGAGAUACUGGAUGGCGGGUAGUGGAUGGUGGGGUAAUGGAAGAUGAGAUACUGGAUGGUGGUGUAGUGGAUGAUGGUGAAGUGGAAGGUGACAUACUGGAUGGUGGGUUAGGGGAUGGUGGGGUAGUAUAUGGUGGGAUACGGUAGGUUAGUGUAUGGUAGAGUAGGGUAAUGUAGUAGUGUAGAGUAAUAGAUGAUGGUUUAAGGUAAAGGAUUGUUUUGAUGGAUAUCGUAGGGCAUAUCGGGGUAGUAUUUUUAUGUUACAUGUGAUCUCAUCUCUGUUUCAUCAAGUUCGUCGACUCAAUUUCGUUUCCAAGUUAAAGUUUUAAUGACCUCGACCCUUUCUUGUAUUCUCAGUGGCUAACCGAAUCGGAUGGUUCCGUGGACGCAUUGCGCCAUGACGUCAUCAUUCGGCUGUCACGAAAAGAAAGUCUUUGGUUCAAGGCUAUUUUUCUUUUAACCAUCAACCUUCAUUUAUUUUAAAGAAGAAGCAAAGAUAUUGCGACAGCUGGAGAGGAAGAUACAAAACUAGUCAAAUUAUAGUUGAUGUUCUAGGCAUUCAAUUUUAUUUGUGAAAAAAAAAAGAAAAUUUGUUAGUGCCAACAAAUUGUUGUUAAAUUGUGUGCAUGCGGGCGUAUCUGUGUGCGUGUGUUUGUGGGUGCGUAUGUGUAUGUGUGAUUGAGUCUUAUUGUUUGUUAAAGACCAGGAGGUGAAUUCUAUGAUAGCAGACAGAAAAUGGGCUCGUCAUUUGACAGCACUGCCAAGUUAUGACAGCGAUUUAAGUUUUCAGAGAAGGGGGGAUGUGGAGGGAG